AUGACCGAGGAUCAAAGCGACAAGGACGAUGAAUCCUAUGGAGAGCACCUGUUCAGAUAUACAUUCGACGAGGGGCGGCAAGAGCCCCGUUUUCUCAUUUUCCGAGUAACGACUCAUAUCCUCACGUCAUGGUUCCCACUAACCCACCACGCAGCAAAUGCAAUCCGCGACUAUGAAUAUUUAACCCGUUUGACCCCGAUCACCGGCUCCCAAGCCCGUCGUGGCCGUCUUGAUCUGGAGCGCGUUUUCGGCGAUGAGUCGUAUCAAUUCAUCGAUGAAGGCACUGGCUAUCGUCGUUUCGACGACCCUUCCCUCCUCCCUACCGAUAAUCUUCGCGAGGUUCUAAAACGACGUCUCCCUCGCUCAAUGACCUACACGAGUUACGACAUACGGAACCGCACAGAAGAAUAUUUCAACAAUGAACCCCCUGAACAAGUAUCUCCGCUGGUGGAUAGACUAGCGAGGUUCUUGGUGGCAUUUCUAGGAGGUGCAAUGUUGGUUGUGCCGAUGAUGGUUAUGAGACUGCCAGAGGUCACAGUUGUGAAGAGCUUAGUAACGGCGAGUAAUACUGAUACAAUGGUUGCAACCGCAACGUAUGCGGCGGUUUUGGUAGUAUUUGUUGGGGUAUCGGGGUAA